AUUGUAACAGUACAUCAAAGAAUAUUAAAUGUUGCCGAUAAAUGGAUGAGCUGUGACAUUGUAUUGCAUAUCUUACCUUUCCUACAAUGGAGGCUUUAAGAACUGAUAAUGUACAUACUGCUGACUCUAUACAUUCACUGUCCUGUAUGGAUACGCACCAUAUUGACGAAUUAUCAAAAGAAAAAGAAGAUGAGCUAUUGUAUGGAGGUGAUGAUGGUGAUGAAGAAGAUGCACUUUCAGAUGAUAGUAUGCGUUUAAGAUUAUCCGAUGACGAUGAGGUUGAACCAGAUGAUAUUCUAACACAUGUCUUGGAUGAUAAAGAAGAUAAGCCACAGCAUGAAGAAAUUGAAGUAAUAUGUGGAAAAAGUGAAGAUGUGCAAGCUUCUCCUGUUCCUGUAAAAAAUGAAACAAAGAGUGACACACCUUCUUCGAGGGAAAAAAAGGAAGAGGAACAUUGUUCAGGUAAUGUUUCUGUGGGUGACAAAGUAGUAGCACAUCAUGCAAAGGAUACCAACAGAAAUAUAAAUGGAUUUAUGAGGCCACAAAUGAUUAAUUGUAUGCCUCGUUAUCCAUGGCCAAAUCAUGAGUUUCAAUGGAGGUUUGCAAGUACCCCUCGUGCUCACUUUCCCUAUGUCAAUCAUUUUCCUUAUGUCAGGCAUCGGUAUUUGGCACCUAGAGGACAAUUUAGAAAUCCAUACGAUUGUACUACUAGAUUUCGCAAUGCGUUUGUUCCCUUUGAAAGAGGAAGAGGCAAUGGAAUGUUCAAUUCAUAUAACAAAUUAAUGUAUCAUAGACCAAAAAACAGAACUUUCAAACCUUCUCCUAUGAAGAGGUCUAAUACUAAAAGUGAUGUUGACCAAAAUGUUAUGUCUCCUCCAGAUGCAAACAUAUCUUCAAGAACUGAAGCUGACACCAGCAUCAAGGAUGAAAGCUGUUCUAAUAUAAAAAUUGAAACAAGUAAUGAAUUAGUUAGCGAAUCUCCAAUCAAUAGUGAACAGACUAAUGAUGAUUUAAGCAAAUUACCAAAUGAAGUCACGGAAAAUAACAAAAUUGAAGAGUCAAAGAAUGAAAUCGAUACUAAUACUAUUUGUGUUGGUGAGUUUCUGGAAUUGGAGCAUGAAACAAACAUUGUGCAAGAGAAUUUGGAAACGCCAUCACUGUCUAAUGUUGUUGAAUCUAAAGAUAAUUUGUCCAUUGAAACUGAAACUUGUAAUGAGUCCUCUAAUGAAGAACUUACAAAUUCCUUAACGAAUUCCCAGGAUGAAAAGAAGGUUACCUUUGAAGAAAAAGAGAAUACUAAUACAGGUAAUGACAAUUUUGAUUGCAACAGUUUACAAAGUUCUAACACUUUUAAUAUAUUGGCAAAAUUAUUGACCGAAGGUCCAAAUUAUUUAUCUGACGAUGAAGAUAUAGAAUUUAUUGAAGUGGAUAGUCACAGUAAACAGGAUGACCCAAUUAAAACUACAACUACUGCCGAUCUGAAUGAAAGCCAAAGUGUUGAACAGAACAAAUCAGAUGAAAAUGAACUUAAUGCAAAUCAACAGUGUAUAGAAGUAAAUCAAAGAACAGAUUCAACUGAAAAUAAUUUAGUCGAGGAACGUACAAUAAAUAACGGAUUACCAGUAAAUGGAACAGUAAUAGAUGUUGAUACAGAAACGAUUUCAAGAAAUAACGACGAUGAAUCUGUACAAGAUGCACAGUCAAAUAAAGAUACUGAAAAUCAUGCCAUCAAGACAAAUGAUAUACUAAAUGAGUUAAGUAAUACAGAAGAUAAUAAGGAAACUGAAGUAAUAGAAAUUAACAUGGUAUUUGAACCACUUGCUAAUGGUGCAAAAUGUGAUAAAGACCAAUUAAAUGAUAGUGAUAAUAGUACAAAUUCUUCUUCACAACUGAAGUUACUUCUUACUGAAGAUCGUUUAAGUAAUUCUAAACUUGAUAUUCAAAAACAAAAUAGUGGUACUGUCGACAAAAACGUUAAAUCUAUAGAUAAAGAAAGUCCUGUGGAAAAUUCUGAAAAUAAGACACCAGCUCCAAUUCAAAACAUGGUGUCUACAUUAAAUGAAAAUAGCCUAUCUAGCGUCAAAUCGCAAGAUGAAUCAUUAGGUCGUAUUACUAGUAUAAUAGAUUCCGAUAAUAGUGAAAAAAAAACUGUCGAAGUCCCAGUAGUUACUCAAAGAAGGAGAAGACGAACAAAAAAAAUGAUGAUAGCAGCACAAGAAGCUGCUUUUGAAGAAGAUAAGCAAGUCAAAGAAAGUGGAAGACAAAAGAGAAAAACGGCUAAAAAUGCAGAAGAAAUCAUACGAAAGAAAUUCCUUAAUCAUGACAGUGAUUUAGAGUCGAGCGACAGUUCAGAAAAGUUUGUGAUUGUGAAUCAUAAAAUAAAUCAAGAUGCUAGACCAUUGUCUCCGCCUUCUUUAAAACGCAACUGUUCUGACAUAGAUAAUGUAGCAAUGAACGGUAGCGUUAAGAAAAUUAAAGUAACUUCUGACACGCCAUCUGACGAAUUAGCAUCGACAGAAAACAAUUCUGAGAACAUUAAAAAUUUGGGCUACGUUCACAAAUUUUUCCAAAGAGAUCUAAAGGAAAAAUUGCCAAAACUGAAACAAGAAGAACUAGAAGAACUCUUAAUACAGAAGAUUGUUGAAACAAUCACAAUGCGUGGUGAAAUCGGGAAAUUGAGGGAACAAGCACGCAUAUCGGAAAGAAAUCAAGAAGUCACACGCGCAAAGUGUCAGCAAUUAGCGAAGCAGAUCAAGGAUUUUGAAAUGGUUUUAAAUCGUAAUGCUGCAGAUCGACGUGCUAAUAAUGACAAACCUAUGCCACCAAUUAAAAUCAAUAGAUCUGUGGGACUACAAGUUAAUUUCAUAACGGAUCAUGGAAUUCAAAAUCUGCGACAAUUGCAACAGAAUUCGAAUAUGAAAUCCUUAAAUGUUUCAAGUAGUAAUAAUACAUUAAAUACACCGAAUACAGAAAUCAAUAAUGUAGCAAGUCCAAGAAGAGGAGUCAAAGUAAGAUCUCCAAGACGAGUUGAACCGAUAGUCGGUCAGACUGCUGUCAUCUCACAAAAUCAUUCUCAGUCUCCAAACAUCAUACCUACCAUAACUCCUGCAGCUUUAGUUGUAGCUAAGCCCAUGGAAGGACAGCAUACUGUACAAUUACCUAAUCAGUCUAAUGUUCAACAAAUGAUACCUAAUCCACCACAGCCACCGCAGCCACCGCAGCCAUCACAGCAAACACAGCAAACACAGCAAACACAGCAAACUAUAGUUCUAAACGGAAAGUUCCCAAAUCAAGUAAACCGUCAAAAUACCGCAAUUAAUAUUGCAAAACCAAGAACGAACGAUCUCAUAGACCUUACAGAUGAAGAAGAGAAAACUAAAGGUGCUGCCAGCGUACCGGUAGUAACAACUACGAUAACUGAUCAACAGAUAAAUUUAACACAAAAAACACAACCUUGCUUCCAAAGGGUAAUUCAAACUAUCCCCGGGAAUGUAGCAAUAACGAAUCCACCUCAAAGUAUAAGAGUUGUACAACCAGCUAGCCAACCGACACCUACUGCCUUAGUAAAUAAUAUGAAUGCUCCUCGGUUAGCAUAUGUAAUGCAAAGCGGCGUAGGCCCAGCAAGACAGUUAUUAAUAGCACCGAAUCCCGCCACGAUACGACCAGUAACUUCGUGUAAUAGAACAUCAUUUUCAACUCUGACGUAUAAAACUGGAGUAUCGACAGUAGCAAAUGGAACAGUUAGAGUUCUAACAACAUCAGCUCCUUCAAAUGUACAGUUGAAUAAGCAUCCUGCUCCUUUACCAGACAUAAGAAGCUAUGGUGUCAACCCUGCAUUAAAACUUCCACCACCAGCUCCUUCGUUGAAAAUUUCAAAGGUUGCAAAUGGUAUAGUACUAUCCUGGAAUAUGAAUUUAUCUGAUAAGUAUGCAGAUAUUGCUAGUUAUCAAUUAUAUGCAUACCAAGAAGUUGCUGGUGUACCUCCUAAUACAGCGUUAUGGAAAAAAGUAGGAGACGUGCGAGCUUUACCGCUACCUAUGGCGUGCACCCUUACGCAAUUUUCCGAAGGUAAUAAUUAUUACUUCGCAGUUCGAGCAGUUGACACACAUUCCCGAAAAGGACAAUAUAGUAUACCUGGAAAUAUUUCUUUAUAAAAUAUACAACCAACAUUAAGUUAUUGUUUUUAAUCUUACUUUUAACGCACAGUUGUAAUGUAUCAAGUCAAGACUCAUAUACCAACAAA